ACUGACCCGAGGCCGGCGAGGAGCUGAGAACCAAAUGCACCGACAGCAUAUUUUAUGAUUAUUGUGCUUCUGAAGCUUUCUAAAUCAUCGUUUAAGUAUGUCGAUUGGUACGAUAGGUUUUGUUGGGGCUGGAAAUGUCGCACUGACGCUCACAAAAGGUCUUCUUUCUGCAGGUGCUGUAGGAGCAGAGAGGAUCAUUGCUAGUGCACCAUCAGAUAGGAACCGAAGAGUUAUUGGGGAUCUUGGAGCAAAGACAACGAGCAGUAACAAGCAGAUCUUUGAGACCGCUGACACCAUCUUCUUGGCCACCAAACCAAACUUAGUUGGCACUGUCAUCAAAGAAAUAGCUCCGUUUUUAACAAGAGAUCAUAUCUUCAUAUCCUUGCCUGCUGGUAUCUCGUUAGAUUAUCUAGAAAGUAACCUACCAGAGAAGUCAAGGGUUGUACGAGCCAUGCCCAAUACACCAACUAUCAUACAACAGGGUGCUACUGUCUUUGCCUGCGGAUCUCACAUCAAAGAGGGCGACAAUCGCUUGAUUCAUUCUCUAUUCUCCAAACUAGGAAUCUGUAUCGAGGGUGAUGAGAGUAUUAUUGAUGCAGCUAUGGCUGUCAGUGGAUGUGGACCUGCUUAUGCAUAUGUUGCGAUUGAUGCGCUUGCUGAUGGAGGAGUCAAGAUGGGUCUUCCUAGGGAUAUUGCAAUCAAGUUAGCUGCACAAACUUUAUUAGGUUCAGCUAAGAUGGUGCUAGGGGGCGGCAAACAUCCGUCAGAGCUGAAGGAUGAUGUAUGUUCUCCAGGAGGUACAACCAUUGAUGCUAUCCAUGAACUUGAAAGAGGAGGGUUCAGGAGAUGUCUUAUAGAAGCCGUAGAAGCAGCAUGUAACAAAGCUAGGAAACUAAAUGAUAGUCAGCUUUAUUCCACUAAAAAAUGAUGACACAUCUAUAUGAGAUUGAUUACAAAAAACUUCAGAACAGAUUUUUUGAAAGACAAUCAGUUUAAUGCUUGAUUCCAAUAAGGGUAAAAAUGAAAGUUGGUGUAGUCUCAUUGGUAUGACUGUAUUCCUGGGCUCCACCUAACAAAGAGUCUGAUCAACCACGACUAUUGAAAGCCAGCAAUGUCAACAUCUAAAAUGCAUGCUUGUUCAAAAUAUUAUCUCGAAACGAUUCAUGUUCAUACAUCCAGUGUUUUCUUGGAAAUUCAGUGGGCUUCUCCUCGUUUACAAAGGACUUUGUGCAAAUUUCCUGUAGAAAAAGUAAAGGCAUUGAUGGCUUUCCAUAUAGUUGAGGUUUAUCAAUCAGUUGUAUCUCUAAUUAAGACUGGAACCAGGGUUCUGUUUCACUGUGUGUCUUAUUUUAACAUGCUGAUAGGCAUAUGUUUGGUACCUCAAUGC